AUGGAGGCUCCUUACGAUGCGAGGAUACCGAAAGUCGUUGCUGAUAUCACAGAGGGAAUUCAAGAUGAGAUGCUGGCAGCUGUGUCCAGCCACAUGCGCAACGCAGCUGCGGCCUGUGCAGAGAUUUGCGCCGCACGCAUGCGAUUAUUGCAGACAGCGCUUUCGCGCAGCUUAGAUGAGGCGCGCCGGCAGCAAGUCUUUGCACAGCCUCCGCUGUCUACGAGCUUGGCUUCGUCACAGGACACGAAGCGAGCAACGCUGGUGAGGCAAAUCCGAGCCAAGCUUGACUCGCAGGGUGACACGCCUGCAAGUUUCUUACGAGCUCGGUCGGUGGCAGCAAGCCAAGGGCUUCUCAACCGGGAUGAGUUCGUGGCCUGCAUUGCUUCGCUGAACCUUGGAGUGAGUCACACAGAUGUCUUGGAGCUCUUUGCCUUUGCUGUCGGCAGCAACGAGAGGGACACUGCUGUGCUGGAGGAGAUUACACAGGCGCUCGAAAUGUCCAGCUCUGCUCCUGCAAUAGCAAAUGGCUGUUCCCAUCACGGCUGCGCCAAUGGUUAUAGCAGCUCACCGCUGAGCCCUGAGGCCGAGCGAGUCGUUGGACGUGUUCGAAGUGCCGUCGGACGGUCCAACCGCCCGUUCGAGGAGGUCUUUCGUGGAUUCUGCAAGUCAGGCGGUCGAGGAGCUACAAUCAUGAGCCGGGCCGACCUCGCGCGAGUGCUUUCCACCUUUGAACCCGACAUUGAUCCAGAGGUAGUUGCGCGGCUCUGGCGCAUCACCGUUCCAGACGGCGCCCCCGGCCUGGACUUCGGCAACUUCUGCACUUGGUUCUGUCCCGGAGGGCGAGCGUUGCCUGGCCUUACCUCUUUUGCUAGCAACAUGGGGGAGUCGCAAAUGCUGUCCCAACUGCUUGAGAAGAGCAGCGGGCUGUCAAGAACGCCCAGCGGGGGUUUGCUGUCUCCGAUGUCCGCUUCGUUGCCAAACUUGCAGCUCGAGGGACUGCCGCUGUCUCCGGGAGCUCGUCUGGCAAACACGCUGGCACCGGAGCAGCUGUCAGACUGGCGUCAGGGAGGGCCCAGAAGCGCUUGGCCAACAUGGCCAGCUUUGGAGGCCGCGCACGUCCAACCGCCACUUUCAGCUAGGUUGUCUCUGUUAUCACCGGAGGAUUUUCCGGCCAUUGCCUGCUCGGGUCGUUUGCAGACCUACAUCGUCUCCAAGGGCCUCACUGUGAAUUCUGCCUUCGUCCUGUACGAUACGCAUAUGGAGCAGGCCAGAGGCUAG